GCGACCUUUGCACUAAUGCGUGCGUGAGCCGCGCGCGUGGCCGUAUAAAAGUCGCGCUAUGCCAAGACCGAGCAACAGGUAAGACAGGUGAGCCUCCUCCUGCAUCCUCACGACACUGCUCGGCUCCACUCUCUACAGCCAUGGCUCCCAGACCUGAAGAGGGAACAGAUCACUCCUCCAAUCUUGAGAAAUCCCCCAGCAGUAAGGAUGUGGCUAUACUCCCUGCCUAUUCUACUGUGGAUUUGAUGAAUGAGGAGAAAGAGGAAGACCCUUGGGACCUGCCCGAGCUGAAAGACACUGGGGUGAAGUGGUCAGAGCUGGACACAAGAGGGAAGGUUAUGAGAGUCCUGACCGGGCUUCUGAAGUUGGUUAUGCUGCUUGGACUUCUCUACCUAUUCAUUUGCUCCCUGGAUGUUCUGAGUUCUGCUUUUCAACUGGUUGGAGGUAAAGCUGCUGGUGACAUCUUCCAGGAGAAUGCAGUGCUGGCAAACCCUGUGGCAGGUCUGGUCAUCGGAGUCUUAGUCACAGUCUUGGUCCAGAGCUCUAGCACCUCCUCGUCUAUCGUGGUCAGCAUGGUCUCCUCCGGACUGCUGGAUGUGAAGUCUGCAGUCCCGAUCAUUAUGGGAGCAAACAUUGGGACAUCAGUCACCAACACUAUUGUGGCCAUGAUGCAGGCUGGAGACAGGAAUGAGUUUAGAAGGGCGUUUGCUGGGGCCACGGUGCAUGACUUUUUUAACUGGCUGUCCGUGCUGAUCCUGCUGCCUUUGGAGGUUGCCUCUGGAGUCCUGUACAAACUCACAGCUCUGAUCAUUGACUCCUUCAACAUUCAGAGCGGAGAGAACGCUCCCGACCUGCUCAACGUGAUCACGGACCCCCUCACUGACUCCAUCAUACAGCUGGACAAGUCUGUAAUUACUGGAGUUGCCACUGGUGACCCCGAGGCCAGGAACAAGAGUCUGGUCAAGCGCUGGUGUAAAACCUUCUCUAACUCGUCUACCAGUAAUGUGACUGUACAAAACUGCACCACUGGCUCUUUAUGCUGGGAGGAAGGCAAUUUGACCUGGACUCAGAUCAACAUCACUACUACCAUCAACCUGGAGAAAUGCCACCACCUGUUUGCCAACGUGGAACUCCCGGACCUGGCUAUAGGUUUGAUCCUGAUGGCCCUCUCUCUGCUGAUCCUGUGUACCUGUCUCAUCCUCAUCGUCAAACUUCUCAACUCAAUGCUCAAAGGUCAAGUGGCUGUGGUCAUCAAGAAGGUGCUCAACACAGACUUCCCGUUCCCAUUUACCUGGGUCACUGGAUACAUUGCGAUCCUUGUAGGAGCAGGGAUGACCUUCAUAGUCCAGAGCAGCUCCGUCUUCACCUCAGCCAUCACACCGCUCGUGGGUAUUGGAGUGAUCAGUUUGGAGAGAGCGUAUCCACUGACUCUGGGCUCUAAUAUUGGCACAACGACUACAGCUAUUCUCGCAGCUAUGGCUAGUCCUGGAGAAACACUGGCAAACUCUUUACAGAUUGCCUUGUGCCACUUCUUCUUCAACAUCAUGGGCAUCUUGCUGUGGUACCCGUUCCCGUUCCAGAGGAUCCCCAUCCGCCUGGCUCGCGGUCUGGGCAACAAGACGGCCAAGUACCGCUGGUUUGCGGCGCUCUACCUCAUCCUGUGCUUCCUGGUGCUGCCCAUAACCGUAUUCGGGCUGUCUCUGGCUGGAUGGCAGGUGCUAGUGGGCAUCGGUGUUCCUAUUAUAGCCAUUGUGAUCUUCGCUGUCAUCAUAAACGUGAUGCAGAAGAAGUGUCCUCGUGCCCUUCCCAAAUUCCUGCGCAGUUGGGAUUUCCUGCCCAGGCCGCUGCACUCCCUGGCGCCCUGGGACCACGUGGUAACCGUGUCACUGGGCUUCUGCGGCAAGCACUGCUGCUGCUGCUGUAAAUGCUGUAGAUGCUGCAACAAAGAAGAAGAAGAUGAGAAAAUGACAAAGGGAAGUGUCAAGAGUUUGCAAAUGUACGACAACCCAGCUUUGACCAAAGACGAGGAAGUGAUCAAAUCCACUAAUCUGUAAAUAUUGUAUUUAAAUGUUAAUUCACUCAAGCAGUGAUUCAGGACUCUCUGAAAGUGCAAUCUGUGGAUGAAAAUGAGCAUUACUGAUCAAGGACUAAACAAGCUCUUAAAACUGGACUAACCUGGACCUAAACCAAGCCUGAUUCUGAAGUGGUUCAUGGCAAUUGAUAGUUUGCAGCUGAUGCCAUCAACAUUCCCUGGGAGUGUGAUGCUAACUAGAGGCACUACUCUGUCAGAACCUCUAUUAGACUUUAAUCUGAGCUUUUAUUUUAACACAAUCUAACCUGAAAGAGCUGAACUACAAGAGGUGAGAUGAUUUGUGCUCUUAAACAAGUCUCUUACAGUCACAAGCAUUCAUUCCACCAUAGUGAUACAUGUAGAACUCCCCCAGCAUGAUCUCACCGAUGUCUCAAUAGUGUAGUCCAAUUUUAGCCCUAGAAUAAUGCUAUUUUAGACCUGGUUUAGAUCUGGUGGUACACAGAAGGCCAAAUAUUUUAGAUAGUAUUUGAGAAGCAGUGGACUAGAGGACAUCUGUGUACCACCAGUAGUGCCUGUAUCAUUGUUUAAAAGUCACUUAUGCAGUACUAAGACACUCCUAAUUGCUGGACACCGCCUGUGGGACAGAAAAAUGUUCCUCAGUAGGACAACGUACAAAGUCUAGGACCAUCUCACAUCACUGGACAAAAUGGACACUGAGUUGUCCAUAUCUGUUUAUAAUAUUUAACUUUAUGGAUAUAUGGUUUUACAAUGGGGUGCAACCAAAGAUAUUUUUAUACUUUAUAUAAAAUGUGUGACAGGCCUUAUGGAAAUUUUAUGUAGCGUUAAAUGUUUUCAGUA